AUGGCAGUUCGGAGUCUCCAGCACAGCAACCCUAGGCAUCAGACGGCGGACAUGACGUCCGAAACUCAAAACUCGGUAUCAUCGCCCCUGGUGACGCCCGGGGCAGUGCCUGUGAAUCCUAGGAAGAGGGGCAGGACCGCGUGUACGCGAUGCAAAAGUCGUAAGCAAAAGGUACCCAAUUGUGACAAGGCAGAUGUCGCUGAUGAGGCUCCUUCAAUUGCAUACACACGGGCACUAGAAGAACGGGUGGCCUUCUUGGAGAAUAAGCUAGCUCAAGUCCCUACCCCGGAGGCAUCCACAACUCCAAGGGAAACCGCAAGCAACUAUUCGGUUCCAUCAGGUCGAGACAAGAAUGUCCUCAGCGACGUGGUCGCGCACGUCUCGCUAGGAAACUUCGAGGCGCCCGCCUACGUUGGUCCCUCGUCCGGGUUAUCUCUAGCUCUGAACCUCGGCGAAAUGGUUCAAGCUACUGUGUGGAACAAGAUGUUGCCAGACAUACAGGAUGGCACCACCGGCAACCAAGCUAAUUGCAUCAAUCCUAGUCCGAGAUGCAUCACGGUGGAAGACCUCCUGGCCCAUAGCGUCAAGGAGCCUCCGAGUGAUGUGCAGGGGUCUCAGAUGCUGAAAGCCUAUACGUCACAGCUGCACUCCAAGUACCCCUUCCUUGAGCCUGAAGAGUUGUGGAAGUUGCAUAAUGAUAGACUUACCCUGGCUGCAAAACCAGCACAGACUUUGACGAGGGUUGAACGUUUUGGUAUCUUUAAGCUGUAUCUUGUGUACGCUAUGGGUGCAACUUUGGUGCAACUGACCCAAAGAGAACCAGGAUUAUCUCCAGAGGCUCUUUACAUCACCGCUUUGCAGCACAUCUCAGCAGCUAGAGAGUCGAGGACUGUGCAAAACAUAGAGGCCAUGACGUUACUAGUCAUGUUCCAUCUUCGGUCAACGUCUAGCCAUGGACUAUGGUACAUGAUUGGCCUAGCAAUGAGAACAUCGAUUGAUUUGGGCUUGCAUCGCGCGGCACAUGAACAGAAUCUUGCUGGUGCUAUCGUCCAAAGAAGACGCAGGCUAUUCUGGUCUGUCUAUUCUCUCGAGAGAACAAUAGCAGUGUCACUAGGCCGGCCUCUGAGCAUAGCCGAUAACCAGAUUGACGUUGAGCUCCCGAGUGCCAUCAUCAACGGGAGUCCAUCUGCUUCAAUUAUUUUAGGAAACGAUAUCACACUGGCACUAGUCCUAUUCAAGCUUCGAAGAAUCGAGUCCAAGAUCCAUCACUCAGUCUACCGCACGGACAAGACUCUGGAUGCACUCCGACCUAAACUGGACCGGCUACACCAGCGACUCAAGACUUGGCGGGAUUCUCUGACAGACUGGAUUCCAGCAGCACAUCCUGAUCUCAACUAUGCUCUAUUACUGUAUAAUCGUGCACUUCGACUUUUGAUCCAGCCCUUUUUGCCGAUCUUAUCAGCCGCGGACCCGUUCUACGCAUUAUGCAUGCGAGCAGCAGGCGAUAUUUGUCAAGCACACAAGAGACUGCAUCAGACACUGGACUACGGCCACAGCUUCAUCGCAGUUCAAACAGUCUUUGUGGCUGGAGUCACCCUGUUGUAUGGACUUUGGACGCAAGGCAACACACUUUGGUCGGUGGCUCUGUCAAACGACAUUAGAGCUUGCUCUCUGGUGCUCUUCGUCAUGGGGGAGAGGGCCCCUUGGGUCCGCAAAUACCGAGAUGCUUUCGAGGUUCUGGUCAAUGCAGCCAUGGAAAAGCUGCAAGAUAACGAGUCUGGUCUUGCAGAAAUGGCAUCGGUCCAGAUGAGAGCCGGGAAGGCAUCUGGUACCGCGGAGAGCCUCAAUGGUCAGAAUCCUGAUCUCAGCGGGAAUGAGACCGCGGCGCGUCCGGCAGAUGGUAUUUAUGAUCAGUUUUCAAUGUCUGAGGAUGGUGGCAUAGCGGUUGGAGAGUUUGAGGGUGCUUGGCCGAUGGUUGCAGAGCUUGCCAAUUGGAUCGACCAAGACACGGGAGGCGGAAGUCCUGUUUGGAUGCCGAACUUUGAGUUAUUACAGAGUCUUUCAGGUACAUGGAACGAGUAG